AUAACACAUAUACUACUACUACUGUAUAGUCAAUCAAUCAAUGAGUUAUUUAUUCAUUGAUUGAUUAAUUGAAUGAAUGUAUGAUUUGUUUGUAAACAAACAAAAAAUAGUUUAGUUUUUAUUUGUGUUAUCAAUGAAAACACAACUCAAUUGUUUGACCAAUCGAUAGACCCGAUAAUGACGUCUAGACAACAACAACAACAUGUGGCCCGACUCGAGGUCGGCCAACGAGUCGAGUACUUGACGGGCGGCAAACGUGUGUUGGGCCGACUGGCCUACGGUCCGGCCGGGUUUCACGUCAAGCCAAACGAGACCGACUGGUGCGGUGUAGUGUUGGACGAUGCCGUCGGUAAAAAUAACGGCACCUUUCAAGGUGUCGAAUAUUUCAAGUGUCGCGACGGUCACGGCAUCUUUGUACGGGCCAACUGUUUGCGACCGAUACACGAUUCCCGUAUUCCCGGCUCCAAUAGGUCUACGCCGGCGACCACACCCAAGACUAUGACACCGUCGACCAGUCAGCUGUCGCUGGCCUCGCAAUCGAUGGACCGAUCGAUGAGCGCAUCAGUUACUAUGGCCGCCGCCGAGUCAGCGAAAACAACGCCCGAAAAGGAGGGCAAAGACGUGAAGCAUAUGAUCGACGAUUUCAAGAGUAAGAUUAGCGCCAAAAUUACCGAAAGCAAUGACCAACAUUUGGUACAUAAACGGCCCGACAAUGUUACCAGUGCUCAGGUUAGCGGUUCCUUAUCUGCCGAUGUCUCAGCCCAUGUUCGUGAGUCCAUUGAGGCACUCAAAGAUAAGCUAAACGAUUUGCAAACAAAAUACGAUACACUACUCGCCCGUCGGGCUCAGGACAAGGAAAAGCUCAGAGACUACGAGAAGCUGAGGCUUCAGUGCGAACAGCUUCAGGAAAACAAGCGACAGAUGAGCGAAAAGAUUGCCGAAAUGACAAAAGCCAAGUCGGCCGCCGAAAAGGAGGCCAAAGAGGCGCGCGAAGAGCAGUUGAGACACGCGGACGAAAUGAAAGACUUGGUCGAGACGGCCGAGAUUGCUGUCAUCGAUAAAGAGAUGGCCGAAAACAAGUCGGAACAGUUGCAGAGCGAAUUGGAACAGACAAAAGAACGUCUGGAAGAGGUGACACUCGAUCUGGAAAUCAUUAAGAGUGAGAUCGAAGAAAAGGGUACCGACGGAGCCGUCUCGAGCUAUCAGACAAAACAAUUGGAACAACAAAACGAACGGCUGAAGGAAGCGCUGCUGAAGUUACGCGAUAUAUCGGCUCAAGACAAGAGUGAAUUGCAGACACAACAAAAAGAUUUGGAUAAAUGUCAGACAGAGUGUACAGAAUUGCAGAAAUUGAACGACCAGUUGACACAAGAUGUACAACAAUAUGAGGAACAGAUUGUCGAUCUUAAGGAACAAAUCGACAGCGCUUUAGGCUCUCAAGAAAUGGUGGAAAAGUUGACCGAAACUAAUCUGAAACUCGAAGACAAACUGAACGAAAUGCAAGAGGCGCUUGACGACGAAGAAAACAUCAGAGAUCUUAACAAUCAGCUGAUUGAGGCCAAAGAGGAACAGGUGAUGGAGUUGAGAGAAGAGUUAGAUAUGUCCCAAUCGAAGAUCAAUAUUAUCAAGAAUGAGUACUCUAUACUACAGGAAACGUUAGCCGACUACGAGUCGACGAUUAAGAAGUUUCGCGAUUUGGUUACCCAAUUGCGUCAAGAGAAUCAAGAGUUGGCCGCAAAGUCGGAUUCAGCGCAAACCCAACAGAUCAGCCAAAAGGUCGAAAAUUUUGAGUUCCAUCGGGUUAUAUCCGAUCGAAAGGCCUUUACUCGGGCCAUAGAUAUGGAGUUAAGGCGCCUGGAGGUCGACCAGUGCCAGAAACAUAUUGGCUUUUUGUCAAAGUUUUUACCGGAAGUUUUCUUUUCGCGCGGCGGCGAUCACGAGUCCAUACAAGUGUUGCUGUUUUUGCCGCGAAUUGUACGCAAAUGUGAGAUAAUUGAACGCCAAAUGAUCGAAAAGUAUCAGUCGCUGGCCGUCCAAGAGAUUACCAAACAAACGAUUGUCGAAUCGCACGACAGUCUCAGACAACAGGUUUUCAUUAAACAACUUCUGUAUAACUUGUUGUCCAUUCAAUCAGUUUUGACCAAAUUUAUUGAAUCGCUUCACUGUUGCGAUUGUGAACUAUUCUUACAUAUUGGCGGACUGUUUCCCGAACUCAGAUUUCACGAGAAAACUAUCGACCAUUUUAUGGAUCUACUCAAAGAAGACAAAUUAGAUGAGACACAAGCCGUAGAACCACUGGAGAAGACUCUACAGUACUUUCAAUCAGUUUAUAGCAUUCAUUUGGCUGAUAAACGGGUCGUCGAUCACAACAAACUGGUCAACGAUUUCAUUACUAUCAUUAAGAGUGCUUCGGAUGCCAUUCAUCUUGAUUUGACAAUUAUUUCGGCGAUCUGUGGUGACGGAUGCGAAACUUUAUUAAAGACACUGUCGACUCAUAUUGAAGACAUCGAUCAGUUCUACAAGAAAAUUACUCGAAGACUCAAAUUGGAAACACCGCUAACACUUGACGAAUCAAUUGAGAAUGAGAUCAGCGAUUGUAUGUCACUAAUGGGUCGACUGAUUCAGGCGCUGAAAGUUGUCAGAGUUAAGGUAAUGCAGACAAAUGAUCCGUGCGAUGGCAAACAUCUGGACGAGUUGGCCAAAGAGGUCGGCGGAUUGAAGUUUAUCAACGAUUCGCUUCAAUCAGUUAUGACUAUUUGCUGCCAAUUUUCAACAGCCUUACAACAGGGUGAUUACGACGAAACCAAAUCAUUGGACACGAAUCGAGACAAAGCGAAUCCCAUCGAUGAAAGGGCACACAUCUGGAAGACGCAGACAGAAGAGAUUGACGGAUUGAAGUCGAGGAUGGAGUCGCGCGAAUCGGAGACCAACGAACUGAAGAGAGCUCUGAAACUCAAGAUGGAAGAGCUAAGCGAAAUGCAGAUACGCCGCGAUUUGGCCGAAAAGAAAUUGUCGAAUGCGACCAAAGAGGCCGACGAACGGGUUGUUCGAUUGCAGAACGAAUUGGAUCUGAAGAACAAAGAGUUCAAAGAUAAAGAGAUCGAAAUGGAGAGAACAUUGAAUAAAUAUAACCACGAGAUCAACGAUUUGUAUUCAAAUCAAAGGAUAAUGAAAGAGAAAUUGAAAGACUACUCGAAAUCGGAUCUAAUCGGAAAAAUUAUGACAUCGAAGACCAGUACUAACGAAUCGGUACUUAUCACACAGAUUCGUGACCUGCGAACGGCACUCAAGAAAGUGAUGGACGAUAACUAUUCAUUGCAGAUCAAGAUUGCCGAACGUGAUGUAAAACUUAGGCCAUUGGCCACUAAAUCGUACGACAAUUGCAAACCAUUGUGGCUGUUGAGGGCUCAGGGACGGGAACAAGAUAUUGAUCCCAAACAGGAACGCCUGAUUCAGCUGACAAAACAAGUAAAUCAAUUGCAAUCAGACAUCCGAUUGUCAAUGAUUACCAAUUCGGUCUGGGAUUUCAAACGACCUCUGCCUAAACAACGUAGAGAACAGGAACUCAAACGACUUGAUUUGAUUUCCAGAUACGACAAACUGGAGCGCGAUAUCAAUGAUUUUGUACAGACCUUUGGUGACGGAUACCAAACGGGCGCUCAUUUCACAUCAUUUCCAGCGCCGCAUAUAUCAAAGUGUUUUAAUGAACGGACAGCCAAACUGGCGGCUAUACUAUCGGUUCCGUCGACAAAGUCAGCGGUGGUAUCGCUUGAGGUUACUUAUGAACAGUUAAAAGGAUUGCAUCGAAAACUGCUUUAAAUAUUAUUAUAAAAAUACUUUACU